UGAAACGCUUGUGACGCGACAAAUUCAGCGCUAGUCAUGAGUAAACAAGUUUAACUGUACGAGUUUAAAAGAGGAGUUGUUUUUUUUUUCUUAAAAGAAAACGGUAAAUAAAUAAAUAUACAUAUAUAUAAAAUGUCACAAGAGAAGAAAUCGGGGCUGUUGAAAAGGACGUCGUCGUCUAAAAAACCGCUGAAGGAGAAGGUGGUUCUGAUGUACGACGAGAUCUUUACGAAAUCCGACCCUGCUAAGUCGAACCCUCGCUUCUGGGACGAGCUGUUUUUAAUGAAGGUGAAUUUGGAGUAUCUGGAGAACAAGCUGGAGGCUCUGGACGGAGAUGAGGUCGUCCUGAUUAAGGAGAACAUCAACAGCCUGUUCCAUCACUGCGUCCAGGCUUUGGAAGAGGACCACCAGAUCAAGGUGGUCAAUGCACUGCAGACUCUUUGUGCGCUUUUCAGAGGCGUGCAUCAGAAAAACAAAUCGGCCACCGGCUUCGAUAUCAUCAACAUGCUCGUGGGCUUCGACAAGGCCGAGCUCAGGAUGAAGGAUCUCAUGGAGAGCCUGGACAGUUUGCUCUGCGGGGACGGCUCAGAGAGUCUAAAGAGCCUCUGCCUGAAGCUGUUACUCUGCCUGGUCACGGUGACGGACAAUAUCAGUCAGAACACCAUCCUGGAAUACGUCAUGAUCAACAGCAUAUUCGAGGCCAUCCUGCAGAUCUUGUCGGACGUCUCCAGCCGGACGCAGCAUGGCUACGACGCCGUGGUCCUCCUGGCCCUGUUGGUCAACUACAGGAAGUAUGAAUCCGUCAACCCGUACAUCGUGAAGCUGUCCAUCGUGGACGACGAGCCGACGCUGGCCGGAAUGGGCGUGGUCAUCCAGCAGGCGCUGACGGAGUACAACAGGCAGUAUAAGGAUAAAGAGGAGGACAACCACAGUGGGUUUUUUUCCACGCUGACUAACAUGGUAGGCAGCAUGUUCAUUGCGGACGCCGACGAGAAGCUGUCGGUUCAGACCAACGAAGCCAUCCUGCUCGCGCUCUACGAGGCAGUUCACCUGAACAGGAACUUCAUCACGGUUCUGGCGCAAAGUCAUCCAGAGAUCGACAUCGCCACGACGCCCGUCACGCCCACCCCGACGACACCCACCACCCCGCUCGGUACCACGCCCCCUUCCUUAGACACGAUGCACAACUCCGAGCUGCCGCUAGACCCUAAUCUGCAGACCAGCAACCUGCUCAUAACGUUUCUGAAAUACUCGUCCAUCGUCAUGCAGGACACCAAAGAUGAGCACAGACUCAACAGCGCCCGGCUGUGCCUCAUCAUCCUCACGUGCAUUGCCGAGGACCAGUACGCUGACGCCUUCCUCCACGACGACAACAUGAACUUCCGGGUCAACCUGCAUCGCAUGCCGAUGAGGCACAGGAAGAAGGCAGCCGACAAGAACAUCCCGUCCCGGCCGCUCGCCUGCGCCGUCCUGGACCUCAUGGUGGAGUUUGUGGUCACGCACAUGAUGAAGGACUUUCCCAUGGAUCUCUACAUGCGCUGCGUUCAGAUCAUUCACAAGCUCAUCUGCUACCAGAAAAAGUGCAGGAUCCGUCUACACUACACUUGGAGGGAACUCUGGUCGGCCCUGAUCAACCUUCUCAAGUUCCUGCUGUCGAAUGAGACCACGCUGUUGUCCAAACACAACAUCUUCCACUUGGCUUUACAAGUCGUCCACCUGUUCAACAUGUUCAUCACGUACGGAGACACGUUCCUGCCGACGCCAAGCAGUUACGACGAGCUGUACUACGAGAUCAUACGCAUGCACCAGGUCUUCGAUAACCUCUACUGCAUGGUGCUCAGGGUCUCCACCAAUGUCGGCCAGUGGAAGGAGCCGGCCAGUAAAGUCACGCACGCUCUGGUUAACGUCCGCGCCAUCGUCAACCAUUUCAACCCGAAGAUCGAGUCCUACGCCGCCAUGAACCACAUCUCGCAGCUUUCAGAAGACCAGGUCCUGGAAGUGGUGCGCUCCAACUACGACACUUUGACUCUGAAGCUGCAGGACGGGUUGGACCAGUUCGAGCGCUAUUCGGAGCAACCCAAGGAAACAGCGUUCUUCAAGGAGCUGGUGCGCUCCAUCAGUCUGAACGUGAGGAAGAACGUUUCUCUCAACACCCUGAGUCAGGAUGUUCUGUUAAAGGAGUUCUCUUCUAUAUCUUGAGAAUCUGUAACCGUAACCAGGUCGGAAAACAAACGAGUCAUCUCUGUCUUUAUAUUUGAUUUGAUUUGAUUAACACCCAGGCCUGAAAAAGUGUUUGAAAUCUUUUGAUGAUACUAACUUUCUUCUUUAGUAUAAAGGGUUUUGAUGAUGUCAUUGUUGCAUUUAUUAGCCUUCUGUUUUUUCAACAUUGUAUUCGAUUCAGAUUAAAUCAAUGUACUAUAAGAUACACAUCCUUGAUCCUGCAGUCAUUUCUCUCUCUCUCUCUUUCUCUCUCUCUCUCUCUCUCUCUCUCUCGCUUUUUAUUCACAAAAUGAUAACUGAUGAUAACACAUUAAUUAUCCUGAAUUAAUAUUCAGAGUUGAAUUUGUAAAGUUUUUUAAUAUUCUUGAUGGGAAUUUCAGUCCAGAUCUUCAGUGUUGUUCAGGUUUUAGGUGAAAGAAUCCACACACAGGUUUCCCUAUAUGUGAAUAUAAUGUACAUCAACAUGUUAGUUGCACGCACACACACACACACACACACACACACACCUGCUGUCCCACUUGGUACCUGCUCUGGACACAAUGCUCAAUCAGAGACACAAAAACAGUGAAAUAAUACAUCAUCAUCUUUAUUGCUUGGUGUUUAAAAUCCUCAGACCUUGAAGAAGUGGAUUAGAGACAGUUAUUCCAAGCCAGGUUGCUGAGUUUUUGUUGAGAUCCUGAGACGACUCCAGUAACAGCAUCCUGUAACCAUAACGACAAACUCAUCCAUCAUGUAACUACUGAUUUUUAUCACGUGUCAUGCUUCAAACCCUCAACAUGAAUGUGUUUGAGAUCUUGAGUAUAUAUGUAUAUAUUUAGUUUCAUUUUGUGGAGCAUUUAUUGAUUUUGUCAGUGUUUUUUCCCCCGUUUUUUUUUUCCUGACUAUGUUCAUUAGAAAUCAUGGUUUAGGUGUUUUACUGAACUGCUUCAUUUUUUUUUUUUUUUACAAUUUAAAAAAUAUUAUCUGACUUCAAUUUUAUAUACUGACUAAAUAAUGUUU